CGAAAAUCAGAUUCUCUUUUUUAUUUGUUUUCUUUUUUUCUUCCCAAAAAUCUAUACAAUUUGUUCAUGUAAUUAAUUUAUUGUUAAAUUAAUUUUCUCUCCUUUUCUAUUGUGAUUAUCUUUAAGUUAUAAAAUUGAAGCUUUUCUAUUUACUUCCAUUGGAAAGUUAAAGGUCUUCAGGAUUACUCAUGGUUCCACCUUUACCUUCAUCUUCUCGAGAUAAUCUUGCAUCAGUCAAUCUCUUUCAUUUAUCAAUAUUUUCUAUUGGAUUGUAAUCUUUCAGUUUUUCUCUUUGAUAAAUCAGUUCUAUUUUUUUCUCUUUGUUGGUUUUUUCUUCUUCUAUUCAAUCUCAUUUCACUCGAUCAUUGCACUAACAUAAACCUCUGUGAAUCAGGAUUGAUUUUCUUUCAGUGAUCUAAUUAUAACUGUGCUUUCAUAAUGUGUUAUCACCUUUAGACUACUUUACACUUGCUUACAACUACAACAUCACUAUUGUGGUUGGUUGUAAACUCUGUUGUUUUCAUUUUCAUCUUCUCUGUUAAUUUAUAAAUAACCAGUUGAUUAACUGCUUGAUGGUUGUGUUUAUUUACCUCUUGCUGUAAACCCGAUGGUAAUGAUAUCUGUUGGUUACUACUUGCUUGGUAAUAUUAUUGAUAAAUUAUGGAUUUUACAUCGGAGAUAACAGAUUCUUCAUUACUUGAAUCUACAAAAUUAAUGGGACCAACAACUACAACAACUAAUGUUUACAAUGGUAAUUCUAAACAUAAUGAGGAUAACAUUAGUCAAGAAAAUUUUUCUAGCGAUUUGUCUAGAUUAGAUUUUGAAGCUAUGCUUAAUGAUGAUGGUCAGUCACCUUUGUCUUCAUCUCAAAUCAAUCAAAAGUCCAAGAGUAACCCAUUGUUGGAUCAACUAUUGGAUAAACCCAUGGAUAGUGGUGAAUUAGGAAUUUUUGGUUACUCUGGUAAUUAUGGGGAUGCCUCUCCCCCUGAAGAGCCCGCUCAAUCUUUCAUAACUGAGGAGCAAAACAGUUUUUUUGAUAUGUGUAUGGAAACUCCUUAUCCUCUUUCUAAGGCCCACUGUGGACCUGAUGGUGCCUCAGAUCCUGACGAAGAUAUUGAACAAGAGGAUAAUAAAAAUGGGGAAAAAGAUUUGGAGAAUGAAGACAAAGAUUCUGAGAACAGUGAUGAAGAUGAUGGCGAAGACGAUGACGAAGAUAAUGAAGAAAAAGAAGAAGGAGAAGACGAGGGAGAUGGAGAAGAUGGUGAGGAUUAUGAUGGACAAGAAGAAGAGGAGGAAGAAGAAAAAGAAUCGUCAGAUAAUGAAGCUGAAGCUAAAGAGAAUGGAGAUGAGGAAGACAAAUUAAGUGAAACAAUUGAAACAUCUGGUGAUGUCCAGUUAAAGAGUGAAGACAAAAAACGAAAAACUCGCCAAAAAACAACAUCAAAGUCUAAUGAAUCAUCCGAGAAUGAUGUUAAAGACAAAAAGGGUCAAUCUGAUAAUGGAAAAGGUAAACGUAAACGUAAGGGAGUCAAGAGGAAAUCCGACAAAUCUCCCGGCAAAGAUGAAAAAAACAAAAAGUCUAAAAGGUACAUGAUGAGAAAAAACAUUAAGAAGAUAAUCUCAGACGGUGAUGUUAAUGCGAAAACCCUUAAAGCUCAAGCAGAGGAAGCGGAAAGAUUAAGAAGAGUAGAGGAAAGAGCUGCCCUGAUGAAACAACAAAAUCAACAUUUAUUACAAAAUAGUCAAGAAGAUGUGAUGAUUUUAAGCAGUGAUGAAGAAAUUACCCCUUGCCAUUCAGGGUAUGGCUUGAAAAACAAUGGAUCUGAUGCUGAUGUAAUCGAAAUAGCAUCAGGAGAUGAUUCCUUCAGUGAUGAUGAUCAAUUCCCUCCAAAUGAUUAUAAUAAUAGUACCAUAAGUGUUUGUAGUAGCAGUGGUGGCAGAUCUGCCAAGAGAGAUUCGCACAGAAGAAGAAAACAAGGAGGUGAAGAUGUUGAAUAUAUUGACACCAACAACGAUGGUGCUCAUACUGAUGAUAGAUUCAACCAACCAGAUGAGGAAGGUCGAGUUUUGGUCAAUGUUGGUCAUCCCGCUGAAGAGGAACCCAUCUACUUGGCUUCUCAACUGGGUAAAGCCGUUAAACCUCAUCAAAUUGGUGGAAUCCGUUUUUUGUAUGAUAACAUAAUUGAUAGUCUUCGGAGACACCGAACUUCUGAUGGAAUAGGUUGUAUUCUAGCUCAUAGUAUGGGUCUUGGUAAAACACUACAAUUAAUCUCGUUCAUCGACAUUUACCUAACCCAUACUCAGUCCAAACAUGUUCUGUGUAUUGUGCCCAUUAAUACUCUUCAAAAUUGGAUGAGUGAAUUUGAUAUGUGGUUACCUUCAAAAAAAGUUUCUGCCUUCAAGCUUGAUUCAGAUGCGAUUAAAUUUCGCCAAUUCGAUGUAUUUAUGUUAAAUGAGUGUAAAACACUUACUUCUAGAGCCAAAGAAAUUCUUGCAUGGAGGAAAGCCGGUGGAGUUUUGUUAAUUGGUUAUGAAAUGUACCGAUUAUUAACUACCGAUGGUAAAACUGCUCGAGGUAAAACGAAAGCUAAAACUAAAGAAAUUGAAGAUUUACCCCAAGAAGUUUACGACAAUUAUAUGCGCCAAUUGCAAGAAGCAUUAGUUGACCCUGGACCAGAUCUUGUUAUAUGUGAUGAAGGCCAUAGGAUAAAAAAUUGUAAUGCCGCCACCUCGUUGGCAUUGAAAAACAUCCGAACCCGAAGACGAGUGGUUUUAACUGGUUAUCCCUUACAAAAUAAUCUCAUUGAAUAUUGGUGCAUGGUUGACUUUGUCAGGCCCAAUUUUCUCGGUACCAAACAAGAAUUUUGUAACAUGUUUGAAAGGCCAAUCAGUAACGGUCAGUGUGCGGACAGUACAGCGGAAGAUAAACGGGUAAUGAAACAACGUGCCCAUGUAUUACAUAAGCUACUUCGAGGUUUUGUCCAAAGACGUAGUCACUCAAUUCUCACCAAAUCUUUACCAAGAAAACAUGAACAUGUAAUUCUUGUUCGGAUGACUCCAAUUCAACAAGAAUUGAUGCUUGCCUUUCUUGAACGAAUUAAAUCUGAUAAAGACAAUGCUCAUCGACUUAAUCCAAUUAUGCUCUUCUCAGUAUUUUGUAAGGUUUGGAAUCAUCCUGAUAUAUUGUAUAAAAUUGUUAAAGAAGGUCAAAAUUUUGACGAUCUUGACAUUGAUCUCGGAGGAGAGAAAACAAAAGCAGUUAAAAAAGCCCCAAAUAAGAAGAAAGGAAAAGCCGUUAAGACCAAUAAACGAGCUAGUAAAAAUUUGCCAAUAAAUUAUAGUGAUGAUGAAGAUGAUUCGAGUUCCGUUAGCAAAGAAAAGCCCAAAAAUGUAGGAAAUAAAAAUGGUUCAGCGUUCCAGGCAUCCGAUGUGUUCACCUCAGCCAGCAAUGAUUAUCUCGAAGAUAUUUCUUCCCUAAUAGGUGACUAUACAAAUCAAUUGGAUGGCCCAUCAUCAUCAUCUGUAACUGUUCCCUCUUUACCUGGUCAAUAUCCCAAUAGAAUGAUGGAUUACACUUGGGCCGAGCCUCUUGUCGCCAAUUAUAAGCCUGGACUGUUACAAAAUGGCCUUAAAAUGUUACUUUUUUUCGAGAUGGUUGAACAAACUCUCCUCAAAGGCGAUAAACUUCUGGUCUUUAGUCAUUCACUAUUCACAUUAGAUAUAAUUGAGAAAUUUUUAUCACAAAGAAAAGUUCCCAAAGUAAGAAAGGACAAUGAUAGUGGUUCUGAUUCUGAUGACGAUGAGCCAGAAAAAUGGUGCAAAGGAGCAAAUUAUUUCAGAAUCGAUGGUUCAACAAGUUCAUCUGAGAGAGAAAAAUUGAUCAACACUUUCAACAAGAAUAAGAAUGUUCACCUUUUCUUAUUAUCAACUCGUGCUGGAUGUUUAGGUAUUAAUCUUAUCGGUGCCAAUCGGAUAAUUGUCUUCGAUGCCUCCUGGAAUCCAUGUCAUGAUGCUCAAGCUGCUUGUCGUAUCUAUCGUUAUGGUCAACAAAAAGAAUGCUUCAUUUAUCGAUUAAUCUGUGAUGAAUCGUUAGAAAAAAGAAUUUACGAUCGACAAAUAACCAAACAAGAAGUUUCCUGUCGAGUUGUUGAUGAACUUAACCCGGAAACCAAUUUCACUCGCCGUGAGAUAGACUCUCUAAUGGAAGAUCUUGAUUCAAUUAAUUUAUCCGAAGUGAAACAUUAUACUCAGGAUGAAUGCGAUGCUUAUGAGGAUGACCUUAUCCGUCACAUUUGUAAAAACUUGAGCUACUGUUUGUCAAAACCUCCUUUUGAACACGAAUCUCUACUAUUAGAUCAUAAGGAAUCCAAAUUAUCCUAUGAAGAGAAAAAAGCUGCCGAGGAUAUGUACAUGAGACAGAAACACGAAAUGAGUAAAUCAAGUGUUAACGGAGCUAAACACUCUAAUUACCUCGCAUCUAUGACUGCAGCUAUGACCAAUACUAACAAUAAUACUUUUCCAAAUGUACAAAUAGCUGGUCCUCAAAUUGAUUUAGCUGGUAUCAAUAUUCCAUCUAUUAGAAUGAUGACUCCCCAAAAACCAUCUUUAGGUCGUCCCUCAAAAUAUCCUUCGGUGGGAAUGCUUCCUCCAUCAGCAUUAAAACCUGGAACUUAUACUCCAUUCACGAAUUCAGUGUGGAACAAUAGUCUCGUUCAAUCACGAAAUCUCACUGGUCAUCAAUACUUUCAACAAAAUCAACUUCUUCAACAGCAACAACAGCAACAACUUAAUCCAAUGUAUCAGCAUGUUCAACAAACUCCUCAGAAUACAGUAUAUCAACAACAACCACAACCACAAUCCUCACAAAAUCCUUUGUACCAACAGCAGCAACAAUCUUCAUCGUCAAACAAAACUAAUUUCACCCUGAGAUUCCCACCCAUAUUGAGUCGUAAUAGUAUUAUAAACCAGUACAACAAUUUACCACCGGAUGCUUUCGUUGAGCAGCUCGUUCGAAAUGGUUACGAAGUGAAGACACUACCAAGUGAUAAACAGUUGGUUAUACCGCCCAGUCCAGGGCGAGAUCAAAUCGUAGUACCCCAAGGACAGAAUAUUAUGUUUAUUCGUAGUCCUAAGAAUGAAUGUUAUCUUCGAACUAUAGAAGGUCGAAUGUUCUCUCUCAAACCAAACGAAAUGAAUUGUGGUGACUCGAUGCCCAUGCAGUCAACACCAUUACCAAGUAAUAUGCACUCAAAUAAUUCUAGGAUUGUACCCUCAACGUCCACCAGUCAACCUGAAAUUAUUUUUCUCGACGAUGACGAUUAACGAGUCAUAACUUUCGUUCAUUACAAUCGAUAAAAAUUCUAUUAAAAUUAUUAUGGUAAUAAGAAAAUCUCGGAUUCUUGUCGGCAAUCAGUAAACUUUUUCUUUUGAAAACUUUUCUCAACAUUAAGGAAUCAAUUGACUACCAAAACAGAAAUUAAUCACCAUUGAUAUUUAUGCGUAAUUAAUCACUAAUUGCCUGGUUAUUGAUGUACAUUCGUCCAGUUCAUAUUUUCAUUGUUCAAAUCGCUUUUUCCUCUUCCUUUGCAUCAUCCCUCUUCCAAUACCUUUCUCAGGUUAAUUAAUCACCACAAUAACGGUUAAUAAUGUUAUGGUUGAUCUAUUUGAUUUGCUUGAUUUAUUUAGAUGUUAUUAAUUAUUUUUCUCGUAAAACUAUUCAAUCCUUUUCCUCCCUUUACCUUUGAUUUUGCUGCUUUAUAUAUAUUAUAUUAAUAUUUUCUUUCAUAAUUUACUUAUUAUUUAUCUUUCUCUCUCUCUCUCUCACCUUCCUUAAUUAUUUUGUUCCCGAAAAACAAUUAACCAGAAAAAAAACUAAUGUUGUGUCAAACAAAAUCAACAUCAACCUAAUUAAUUAUUCAACUUUCUCUCCUUUUUUCUACUCCUCAUCAUCUCUCACUCAUCUAUCCAUCAUCAUCUUCAUUACAUUGUAAUCAUCAUGUAAAACUGCAACAAUUAAGAUGUUAAUUCCCUGAAAAAAAAACGAAACAAAAAAAUUUAUAUUCAAUUAUAAAGAAAAUUAAAAAAAUUGACAAUUAAACACUAAAUCGUUAAUUGUUAUCGUACAA